UUUACAUCGAUUGCGCUGUUCGUUUUCCUGGCCGCCUGGACUCAUGCGGAACCUCCAGUGCCCCAGAACCAGUAUCUGCCCCCCAACCAGUCGCCGCAGGCGCCCUCCAACAACUACCUGCCACCCACGCAGGGCUUUCAGAGCCCCUCCAGCAACUACCUGCCGCCCCAACGCACUGGUGGAAAUGGAGGCGGAAUCGCGGCGCAGAGCAACAGCUACGGCGCCCCCAUUGCCCAGCCCCAGAGCCAGUAUGGAGCCCCGGCGCUGACCGGAGCGAUCUUCAAGGGCCAGAACGGUAACGGAGCCGGCGGCUUCGGCGGCGGCAACGGUAAUGGCAAUGGAUACGGACAGCGCGACGAGGAGCAGUACGGCCCGGCCAAGUACGAGUUCAAGUACGACGUGCAGGACUACGAGUCCGGCAACGACUUCGGCCACAUGGAGUCCCGCGAUGGCGACCUUGCCGUGGGCCGCUACUACGUCCUCCUGCCCGAUGGUCGCAAGCAGAUCGUUGAGUACGAGGCUGACCAGAACGGUUAUCGCCCCACCAUCCGCUACGAGCAGGUGGGCAACGGCAACGGCAAUGGCAAUGGAAACGGAAAUGGCAAUGGCCGCAAUGGCGGCGGCUACGACAGCAAUGCGCAGCAGGGCAAGUUCAACGGCUACUAGAGGGAGGCAGGAGGAGAGUAGAGAUGCCUUCUGUGUGUUACCGAGUUAAGUCGACCCCUAGCUAUACGAUCUACUUCGUGGGAUCGCUGGCAUAAUCCCUAGCCGAGUAUUAAGUCCGUUGCCAGGGGCAGCGGUUCCUCAACAGUUUGACAGUGACUGUCUUACUGCAUCUAUCUCUUUCCCGCUCGUCUCUUUAUCUAUCUCUCCCUCUAGUGGAGCGCCAGCCAUUUUUGCCAUAGCCAGGCGCGCUCCGUUCCCCCCUACCAGCUGUUCUGUUAUCUCCACCACAGUCUCUAUGCCACGUGCUCCAUUUUGUAUUUUUUGCCGUUUGUUUUGUUUAAG